AUGAAUCUGUUAGGAAUAAAUUUCACGUUCUAUUUUCACUUUGACGGAAACAAAAUUUACGCAACAUGAUCUUAUGAAAAAGGGACAUUUGUGAUAUAUGCAUUUUAUGAAGGAUGUCAUCUCUAUUUCACAUGAGGCAAUUAUAUUCUUCUUGCUACCCCAGAAAAUUUUUGAGUAGCAGACAGUUGAAACAUUUUACAUCACCAAGAUGUCAGUUUUCAACAUGGAACAAACAGAUAUCCAGGUUUUUAAAGAAAAAUAAGGGAUUGUCUUUAAAGACAUUUCAGUCCAUCAGAGGGACCACGACACAGGUUGCUACAGCACCAUUUAGUCGUCAGCAGAAAAUAAUCGGGGGAUGGUUGUUCGGAUGUGCUGGCAUGUGUGUUGGUGCUGUAAUACUAGGGGGAGUCACAAGGUUAACAGAGUCGGGUCUGUCUAUGGUGGAUUGGCAGUUGAUAAAAGACAUGAAGCCACCACGAAGUCAACAAGAAUGGGAGGAGGAGUUCGAGAGAUAUAAACAGUUCCCUGAAUAUCAGUACAUCAUUAAGGAACGUGAUUUCAGCUUGUCAGAUUUUAAGUUUAUCUACUACAUGGAGUACGCACACAGGAUGUGGGGACGAAUGGUGGGAGUGGCAUUCUUAGUUCCUGCUGCAUACUUUCUCAGCAAGGGUUGGAUCAACACCGGGCUCAAACGCCGACUGGUGUUGAAUACAGCUCUGCUUGGCUUCCAAGGUUUUCUAGGAUGGUACAUGGUAAAAAGUGGACUGAAAGAGCAGACCCUUCCCACUGAUGUCCCGAGGGUCAGUCAGUACCGCCUGGCCGCACACUUAGGGUCAGCUUUCAUCCUGUACACCUUGUUCCUGUGGCAAGGAUUGACUCAAUUUAUACCUAUCAACAAUUUACCAAAUACAUCACAAAUGAGAAGGCUUAGAAUAAUGGCCCAUAGCAUCAAAGGACUCAUCUUUGUCACGGCUAUAUCAGGCGCCUUUGUGGCUGGCCUGGAUGCGGGGCUUACCUACAAUUCCUGGCCCAAGAUGGCAGACAGAUGGAUUCCCAGUGAUCUUCUGGCAAUAUCUCCUACAUGGAAAAAUUUCUUUGAAAACCCUACAACAGUACAAUUUGACCACAGGCACCUGGCGGAGAGCUCGGUGUUGCUGAUUGCCAUUUUCUGGUACAUGAGUAGGAGUGCUCCACUGCCCCCACGAAUGAGAAUGGCUGUAAAUGCCCUCCUAGGAAUGGGCUUAAUACAGGCAUCCCUGGGAAUUUCUACUCUCCUGACAUACGUCCCCACCCCCCUAGCUGCCACUCAUCAGUCAGGCUCACUGGUUUUACUCAGUAUUGCGGUCUGGCUGACUCAUGAGUUCCGUCGCCUGCCAAAAUGAGAGAUUCCAUCCUCCAAAAAAGUCGUACAAGAUGAAAAUAAGUUUAUGUGAAAGAAAAUUGCUGAAAAACUUGACUUCUCUUUGAAGAUAUGAUCUUGUUGUAAUUGCUUAUAUUUACCACUGUUUUGUGUUAAGCAGUCUCGUCUUAAAGUUCUGAUCUUUUGAAAACGUGCUGUAUGUUUACCAGAAAAACGGACAGAUAAAGAUUGUGUAUCAUUUUCCUGAAAGAACAACAUCUGCUUAUUUCUAAGUGUAAUGAGAGUGUGAUAACGCUGUGAUAUCUCCAAUGACCUUGAUCCAUAUAAGAUAUAUAUGUGGCUUUGUAUUUGUUGUUUGUGAAACAAAUAAAUGUGCAUCAUG